CUCGCGGGACAGGGGCUCCCACUCCCACUGUCGUCCUCGCUAGCUACCGAGUCCCCUUCCCCCAGGGACGGCAUCUCAUCUCCCCUCUUCUCGUUCACUAGCCUGCGAUGCCUUUUCCUUUAGAUUUGGGGCUUUGGGUCCGCCGCGCCCGGGCGGUAACGUGCCGCCCUCCCGCUAGGGCAUUUGGGCAGGUCGGUCUUCGAGAUGGUGCCUGUCCAAGUGAUACAUCACAGAGUGGCAUGUUGUCCCGCCUUGGUGACUUGCUUUUCUACACCAUUGCUGAGGGACAGGAACGAAUUCCGAUCCACAAAUUCACUACAGCACUGAAAGCCACUGGACUGCAGACAUCAGAUCCCCGGCUCCGGGACUGCAUAAGCCAGAUGUACCACAUGGUCCAAGACUCCAGCAGUGGUGGUCUCUUGGACCGAGAUCUCUUCCAAAAGUGUGUGAGCAGCAACAUUGUGCUCCUGACCCAGGCAUUCCGAAAGAAGUUUGUCAUUCCUGAUUUUGAAGAGUUCACGGGCCAUGUGGAUCGUAUCUUUGAAGAUGCCAAAGAGCUCACUGGAGGCAAAGUGGCGGCCUACAUCCCUCAGCUGGCCAAGUCAAACCCAGACCUGUGGGGUGUCUCCCUGUGCACUGUGGACGGUCAGCGGCACUCUGUGGGCCACACAAAGAUUCCCUUCUGCCUGCAGUCCUGCGUGAAGCCCCUCACCUAUGCCAUCUCCGUAAGCACUCUAGGUACUGACUACGUGCACAAGUUUGUGGGCAAGGAGCCCAGCGGCCUGCGCUAUAACACUCUCUCCCUCAAUGAGGAAGGAAUCCCCCACAACCCCAUGGUCAAUGCUGGUGCCAUUGUUGUCAGCUCCCUGAUCAAGAUGGACUGUAACAAAGCAGAGAAGUUUGAUUUUGUGUUGCAAUAUCUGAACAAAAUGGCUGGAAAUGAAUACAUGGGUUUCAGCAAUGCCACAUUCCAGUCUGAGAAGGAAACUGGAGAUCGGAAUUAUGCCAUUGGCUAUUAUCUCAAGGAAAAGAAGUGCUUUCCUAAGGGGGUAGACAUGAUGGCAGCUCUUGAUCUCUACUUCCAGCUGUGCUCCGUGGAGGUCACCUGCGAAUCAGGCAGUGUUAUGGCAGCCACCCUUGCCAAUGGUGGGAUCUGCCCCAUCACAGGCGAGAGCGUGCUGAGCGCUGAAGCAGUGCGCAACACCCUCAGCCUCAUGCAUUCCUGUGGCAUGUACGACUUCUCUGGCCAGUUUGCCUUUUAUGUGGGUCUGCCAGCCAAGUCAGCUGUAUCAGGAGCCAUCCUCCUGGUGGUGCCCAAUGUCAUGGGAAUGAUGUGUCUGUCCCCUCCGCUAGACAAGCUGGGGAACAGCCAGAGAGGGAUCAACUUCUGCCAGAAGUUGGUGUCUCUCUUUAAUUUCCACAACUAUGACAACCUACGGCACUGUGCUCGGAAAUUAGACCCACGGCGUGAAGGGGGAGAAGUUCGGAACAAGACAGUGGUGAACCUGUUAUUUGCCGCCUAUAGUGGAGAUGUUUCAGCUCUUCGAAGGUUUGCUUUGUCAGCUAUGAAUAUGGAACAGAAAGACUAUGACUCCCGCACAGCUCUGCAUAUUGCUGCAGCUGAAGGCCACGUUGAAGUUGUUAAGUUUCUGAUUGAGGCUUGCAAAGUGAAUCCUUUUGUGAAGGACAGGUGGGGUAACAUUCCCCUGGAUGAUGCUGUGCAGUUCAACCACCUGGAGGUGGUCAAAUUGCUUCAAGAUUACCAGGACUCCUACACACUCUCUGAGUCUCAGGCUGAGGCAGCGGCUGAAGUCCUGUCCAAAGAGAACUUAGAAAGCAUGGUAUGAGCAUAGGUCACGUAUAGGAAAAAGCAUUAGCUGGCCACCCACUUAACUCAGACAUCAAAAUGCUAUGGCGUGCUGCUUCGGUGGGGACCAAGAAAGCCAUUUGGUGACACAGGCCAGUGCUUUUUGUGAGUCAAAAUACCCCAUGCCUUCAGCAGACAGAAAACAGAAGGACCAGAGGGACAACUGCAAUAUAGCUAUCCACGGAGA